CUCUCUCUCUCUCUCUCUCUCUCUCUCUCUCUCUCUCUACACUUCAAAACACAUUUCGGUUUAAGACCCGGACCCGAAUUUUUUGGUUUUUUUUUGGCUGCGAAAUGUACGGACAGAGUGGAGCUGACUCGGACUACAUACUCCUGGAAUCGAUUCGGCGACACUUUCUGGGAGAGACGGAUCUCCUAAUCGGGAACCCGAUGAGCAACUCGGGUUCGGGACCCAUUUUUUCUCGGAGCUCCAGCUUCAGUAGCCUGUACCCGUGUUUGACCGAGAAUUGGGGUGAUUUGCCGCUCAAGGAGGACGAUUCCGAAGACAUGGUGCUCUACGGAGUACUGAGGGACGCCGUUAGCGUCGGAUGGGUUCCAUCCGGUUCGGCCGAUACGUGUUCCUACGGCUUUUCGGUAAAAUCGGAACCGGAGGUUCUGCCACCGGUGGAUAGAGUGCCGGAGAAAAAAGCGGCGCCGGUUCAACCGGUUCAGAAGUCGGCUGAAGCCGUUCCAGCUGUGGUGCCAGCGAAGGGGAAGCACUACAGAGGCGUACGGCAGCGGCCGUGGGGAAAGUUCGCGGCCGAAAUUCGGGACCCGGCUAAGAACGGCGCGAGGGUUUGGCUCGGAACUUUCGAAACAGCUGAGGACGCGGCUUUGGCUUAUGACAGAGCCGCUUACAGAAUGCGCGGGUCCAGAGCUUUGUUGAAUUUUCCACUCCGGGUGAACUCGGGCGAACCCGACCCGGUGCGGGUGACGUCUAAGCGGUCAUCAUCCGAACCGUCAUCUUCGUCUUCGGAGAACGGAUCUCCGAAGCGGAGAAAGAAGGCGGACGGCUCGAGCCCGGUUCAAGCCGGAUUGGAAAUGGGAGCAGGGAUGGGGCAGAAGCAAGUGGGAGGCCAAGCGGCGGUGUCGGUAACACGUGGCGAGCAGUUAUUGGUGGUCUGAUGAUGAGAUGGUGGGAAAAGUAGGGGAGGGAAAGCAUUGGUAGCACUACUGCUCAAAUUGUGGAGGACACUGUAAUUAUCUGAAGAUACAAUUUU